CCAGAGGAGCAAAUAAGGACUUCGUCGCCAAAGGUGCCAGAGUUACCAACUUUUACUUCUACAACUAAAAAACCAAUAACAAAACCUUCUACCACUACUGCAAAACCGUCACUCGAAAAGCUCAACUACAACUCUGAAAACGAGAUAAACUUUGAGGACAAUAAACAGGAGGAGGAGGAGGAGGAGGAGCAAAUAAUAACAACUUCAUCCUCAAAAUCACCAAAACAAACAACAACUAAACAAUCGAGCACAAAAUCGACUACCUCCAAAAUUGAAAAGCUCAACUACGAGACAGAAAAUGAAAUCAACUUUGAGCAAGAGGAAACUACGAGACAGAAAGUGCAAAUAAAGUCUACCUCAGCAAAACUUCCAAUUUUCACGACUGAGCACUCAACAUUCAAAACUUCCACCACCCCAAAAACGGCCGCUGAAAAGCUGGAUUACAACACCGAAAAUGAGAUGAUUUUUGAACAGGAUGAAAAUGUUCAAAAACAGGAGCAACAAACAGAAACUUCAUCCUCAAAAGUUUCACAUUUCACAACUUUAACAGUUGAAAAAUUAAGCACAACUUCCACCACUCCCAAACCAUCACUUGUUGAAAAACUAAAUUACAACACUGAAAAUGAGAUGAACUUUGAGCAGGAGGAGAACACUCAAAAGAAUGAGAAGCAAAUUGAAACUUCAUCCCAAAAACUACCGAUUUUCACGCCCUCAACUGAAAAACCAAUCCCAAGUACAUCAAGCACAACUAACCUCUUUGAGAAGCUCGACUUUGAAUCUGACCAGGAAUUCGACUUUGAGCAGGAUGAUGCUCAAAAACAGGAGAAACAAAUAGAAACCGCAUCUUCAAAAGUACCGAUUUUCACGGCUUCAACUGAACAAUCGUCAAAAGUUUCCACCACAGCAAAACCAUCAUUUAAAAAUAUCAACUUUGAGUUGGAAAAGAAAGACAAUUUUAAGCAAGAUGAAACUCAAAAACAAAAGCAGCAAACAGUCUCAACAACUAAAAAAUCAGUCAAAAAAUCUUCCACUACCACAACUCAACAGUCUCUGGAAAAGCUUAACUACAACACGGAAAAUGAGAUGACCUUUGAACAAGAGGAAAAUCAAAAACAAAUAAAAACUUCGUCAUCAAAAGCACUAAAACUACCAAUUUCAACUGAACAACCAGUCUAUCUUUCUCCCACUACCUCAAAAUCGCCCUUUGAAAAGCUCAACUACGAGUCAGAAAAUGAGAUGAACUUUGAGCAGGAUGAGACUCAAAAGGAAAUAAGGACUUCAUCUUCAUCAAAAGCUCUAAAACAGCCAACAACGACUAAAAAGUCGGGCACGAAAUCCACCACUACCUCAAAGUCGUCACUCAAAAAACUCGACUACAACACCCAAAAUGAGAUGACCUUUGGCCAGGAAGAAAGUAUUCAGAAGCAAAAGGAGCAAGUUGAAACGUCUUCCCCAAAAGUACCGAAACUUCCAAUUUUCCCUCCGAUAACUGAAAAAUCAAUCAUGGAAAGUCCUUCCACCACUAUUGAACUCUUCCAAAAGCUCAACUACGAUUCUGAUGAGGAGUUCAACUUUGCGGAAGAAGGAAAAGGCAAAAGUAAAGUCGAUGAAAGCAGCAGCAGCAGCGACAAACAAUCAGAACUCACAAAAGUUGACACCAAAAUUGCUGACCAAAAGUCUACUGAAAAGAGUGUUGAAGGAGUUGAAAAGUCAAAUACGGAAAAGCAGUCAUCAGUGAAAGGCAAAACAGCACAAAAUCUUAUUUCAGGUGAGGAAAAAUCUUCAGCUUUUAAGGAAAAAUCCUCCACUUCCAAAGUCAAAGCUACCAAAUCAACAACAACAACAAAAGCUACCGAAUCACCAAAAAAGGAGGCCUUCAAAAAGCUAGACUACCAGUCAGAUGACAGCUACAACUUUGAAACUGAAACUGCCAAAAAUAAUAACAACAAUGCAGCAGUUGAAAGUCGCAGCAACGUAAACGUCAAAACUGAGGCUUCAACAUCCGCAACUGCUGCCUCUACCAAUAAAUCAAAUCGCAAGUCAGCAAAUCAGCAGGUCAACGUUCAGCAGUCCAUCGAGAAUCACUCCGACCUCUUCCACCAGGCAAUUGACGUCACCGGUGAUGGUGCUAAGAAUACGAAGAAGAAGAUGAAGAAGAAGGUAGUGGUGGCAAAUAAACUGCCCAGUCAAGCGAAGAGCUACUCGAAUGCGUUCAACAACUUCAAACAGCGAGUGCAGACAGCGAGUACGGCAGAUACUUCAUCCAAAAAGGCGGCAGCCGUUAAUAGUGCUCAAGCUAUAAA